AAUUUGAAGAUGGAGAGGAUUGAACAUUUCAGCCACCCACACUGGUUGACAAAAUGCACGAUCAGGGCUUAUGAUGAAGAAGUUAAAUGCUUUGCGUGCAUGAAGUGCUGCUUGAAUCAAUACUACAGCUGCAACCUGUGCCGAUUUUUUCUCCAUGAGGAAUGCGCUAAGUUGCAGACAGAGUUCCCUGCACAUCCCUUGCAUCCUGUCCACCCUUUGACCCUCGGGCCAACAGCAUAUUACAUCGGAAGCGUCUACUGUCAUGCCUGUGACAAAAGAUGCCAUGGUUUCACAUUUCGGUGUGAGCAGUGUGACUUUGAUCUCGACAUUGACUGCGCUCUAAAAUCCAGCAAUUCUAGAGUCAAGGACCAAUUUCAGCACUUCAGCCAUGACCAUCCCUUGGUAUUGGAGGAGGUGAUCGCUCAUGACGAGGAAGCUUGGUGCCAAGCUUGCGAUAAGCGCUGCUCGAGCAACACGUACACUUGCAGCUUGUGCGAAUUCUUCCUCCAUAAGUCAUGUGCAGAGUUGAAGAGGGAGCUCCGACACUGGCGGCACAAGGAGCAUGAUCUGAAGCUGCGCACUAGUAGUAGUGUGUACGACGGAACAGCGUGGUGUAAUCUCUGCUGGAAAAGGGUUCGUGGCUUUGUGUACCACUGUGAGAUUUGUGGAUUUGACCUGGAUUUAGAAUGUUCGCUCCAAUUGCCUCCCACCUUGGAAACCGGAGUUCAGAGACAGGAGAUAGAUCAUUUUAGCCACAAGCACCCGCUGACCCUCGGAGAGGAGAGGCAAGAUGAUGUAGUCACGUGUGCAGCUUGUGGUGACGAUUGUAGCUCAUGUCAGAUCUAUAGCUGUGAGGAAUGUGGGUAUUUUCUCCAUGAAUCAUGUACAAAGUUACCACAAGAGAUGAAACACCUCGAUCACAAAGAACAUCCAUUGAAUCUCCAGGUUGCCUUAUACAGCAACUGUGAUAUUUGCAAAGAAGGAAUUAAGGGCUUCACGUACCGCUGUGAACAAUGUGAUUUUAAUCUGGACAUUGGAUGUGCUCAGAUGCUUUCCAUCGGACCUGGAAUGGCAAAGCAAGUCGAAGACAUGAAAAUGAAAAUUUCUGGUCAUGACCACGUGUUGACAAGGUGCGCAAAGAGGGAAGAGGAAGGAGUUGUUUGCAGUGCAUGCGAGAAACCAUGCUGUGGUCUCGUAUACGCCUGUGAGGGUUGUGGAUUUAUUCUAGAUGAAGGUUGCGCAAAGUGUCGACAUUUCUUUCAUCCGCUCCAUGAGCUCACCCUCCAGCACAUUGAUUCAGUGGUUUGCUGUAGUGCCUGUGAAAAGAAGUGCCGUGGCUUCACCUUCUCGUGCAGGGAAUGCACGUUCCAUUUGGAUGUUGCCUGUGCUUUGAUUACUGAAAAAAUACAUAAUUUCAGUCAUGGACAUUCUUUGAAGCUAACUAAAAUGGAAUUGAACUGUAAGUGUUUAGCUUGCAACCGAUCAUUCUCAAACUCAAGCCAGAUAUAUGGCUGUGAGGAUUGCAACUAUUUUCUCCAUGAAUCAUGUGCCAAGUUACCAUUAGAGAGGAGACACCCCUAUCACGGAAGUCAUCCCUUGAAACUCCAAGUUGCAUCAUAUAAUUACUGUGAUUUUUGUGGAGAAAGAAUUCAGGGAUUCACAUACUGCUGUUAUCAAUGUGAUUUCAACCUGGAUAUGAAAUGUGUGGGAAUUCCUUCGAUCAGCGCCGACAUGAUGAAGAAAGUCGAAGGAUUGAAAAUCAGAAAUUUUGCACAUCACCAUGAGUUGACAGGAAGCAUGAAGAGGAAAGGGUAUAAAGUUGUUUGCAGUGCAUGCAAGAAAAAAUGUACCGGUCUGACAUAUGCCUGCGACUGCAAGGAUUGCGGCUUUUUUCUCCACAAGGGUUGCGCUGAAUUGCCUCAAGAGUAUGCACACUUCUUUCAUCCAGGCCACAAACUCAACCUCCAGAGCAGUCAUUCAAAGGUUUUCUGCAGCGCAUGUAAAGAGAACUUUCAUGGCUUCACCUUCUCUUGCAAGGAAUGCAAGUUCCAUUUGGAUGUGGCAUGUGCUAUGAUGGCUGAAAAAUUAAAUCAUGGUGAAUAUAUUCACCAUCUUUGUCACGGACAUCCCUUGAGACGCACUAAAAAGGAGUUCGAAGGUCAGUGUUUAGCUUGCUAUCGAUCACGCUCGGACUUUGGGGAGGUAUAUAGUUGUGACCGCUGCAAUCGGUGGGUCCAUAUUUCAUGCACUGAACUACCGCAGAAUGUCAGACAUUUUCGUCAUGAUUUUCGUAAGUGUGACGGUAAACUCACCUUGGAAGCUAAACGUGCCUUAAAGGAUGGGCAAGGGAAAAAGUGCGAUGCCUGUCACUGGGUAUGCCGGGGGUCUGUAUUAUACCAUUGUAAACUCUGUAAUUGCGCCUUUGAUGUUGAAUGCGCUUUAAUGCCCUCUGAGACCCCCAAAGGUGCACAGACCAAUUUUUUUCCUGCUGGCCAUGGGCACCCGCUGCAGCUGUGUAGUAUUAAAGAAGAAACUAAAUUUCACUCAUGCUCCGUGUGCGACAAUCCUUGCAACAAUCCUCACAAUGAUCCUGCCUAUAAAUGCACCAAGUGUGAGGUGUUCAUUGUCCACAAAUCAUGUAUUGAAUUGCGGCAGAGUAUCCUGAGACCUUCCCAUCAUGAACACUCUAUGAAGCUGAUCAAGAAAAGCAGAUUUACGUGUGCAGCCUGUCGCAAAUCAAGUUCAGGCUUCAGUUAUGACUGCAACACAUGCCCUCCAUUUUCCCUCCACAUUGGCUGCAUGAAUCUCAAGCCCAUCAUAAAAUAUGGUGACCACCGUCAUUAUCUUGGCUUCUUCGAGAAUAUACACGAGAAAGUUACGUGCAGGUCCUGUCAUAGAGGAAUAUUGCCUUGUUCCAGCAAGGAAAUGGAAAUGGAAACUGAAAACGAGCAGGGACUUUUUCGUUGUGUGAGGUGUGAUUACAAUCUACAUUUAUUAUGUGGUCCAUUACCUUGUUUAAUCGAAUCUGACAACCACAAGCACGUUCUACAACUUGAGGACAAGUUUGUUGAGGAUGAUUCAGGCGAGUAUUAUUGCGACGCUUGUGAGAAGAAAAGGGACCCAGAGAAGUGCGUCUAUAAAUGUUCUCAAAAGAAUUGCCCAUAUGUUGCUCACUUUGAAUGUAUGAAACCUGAGGUGCUACGUUUACUAAAGGGUGAGCAAAAAGAAGUGGAAUUAAGAACCCUUGGUAAUAAACGCAUUUACUGUAAAGUAAUGAUUGAAGUCCAGGACCCAACCGAGAUGGCUCUGAAGAACGAGGAACAGGCAUCCGAUGAAUCAAGAGAACAAGACAUAUGGACCUUAGAGAAUUUACUGGAUGCUUUCAUUCAAGACGAGCAAGCCAAACUUCCGGGCACUUUUCAGAUUUUAAAGAAGGAAAUGAUAAUGACAGGGCAUGCAUCUUUUUGGGGGCGGCUGGAAUGUACUGGUAGCAUUGCAUCAGUUUCCCCAUACUCACAGCAAACUUUCACUCAGUUCAUGGACUGGAGAGAACCUGGCAAAGAGAACUUAGACUUCUCUACGAUAUUCUUUGAAAAGGAAGAACUUGUCAAAGUUGACAGAUACACAGUCAUCCGGAGCCUAGCCCCUAUCCUGAAGCAGCUGCUCGAGAAGCGCAGAGACAUAAGCACUGAGUCUGAGUUGAACUUGGAGUCGAAGAGCCUGAUCUUUAACUUGCUAUGCGGGGCAAUAAGGAGCAUGUCCACCACACAGGUCAACGAGCUCUCGGAGACCUUGCUCCAUGAUUGGUGGAACCAGGUUAUGAUGGCCAAGCAUGCAGGAUUCGAGAUCCAAUUUGCUUUGGAUCAUUUGCACGAAAUUGUUCAAGCUUACUUUGCUCUCCGAGCAGAAGAAAUUCAGAACCACAGGCUGAAAGAGUUGGAAGAUCAAAUCGGAGGUUGCCAGAUUUCCUUGAAGGAAGUGACCCGUAUAAGCAGGCAGUAUAAGGAAUCUGCAGAAGCAAGUUUGAGGCAGGAGCUGUUGGGCAAGGUGAAGGCGUUAGAGGGUAAAACAGUCGGCAGUGGGUUGCUGUGAUGCUCAUGCUCGCACGGGCAUGCAACAGCUCUUGUUUGAUGUGUUGUAAGAGAAUAUAAGAUAGGAGAUUGUACAAUUGGUUUUUGAUGCGGUAUUGUGGAUCUGCAACAUUUUAAU